AUGACUUCGAGGAAAUCUUUCGGGCCACAAGGAAGGAAAAAGGGAAGGGAAAGGCCACCACUUCGAGGGGAUAGUGGUGAUGAGCCUAAGAAGCCCCAGGGUCCCGAGUUUAGGAAAUGGCAGAGGGCCAUUUACGAGUCGACAAUUGCAGAGAGGAGGAGGUUUUUUGAGGCCCUUCUGCCUAAUAUUGCUCUACCAGUUGUUUCUCCACCAGUAUCUACAUCUAGACCUACCAAUUCAAGGGCUGUUGAGCUAGCCACUUCAACACCACCUCCAGCAUUUGUGUCUGAUCCGAGAGGGAUGGUUCAGGAGAUAGAUAAUAGUGAGGAGGAGGAGGAGGAGGAGUUUGAGUUUGAGUAG